AUGACAGGCGUGAUCGAGGUUGCAGCAGCCAGUGCUGCGAUUGCAGUUUUUGCACGGAACAAGCAUGAAAAGGAGCGACAAGAGGAGCGAGUCGCAUCGGAGUUGUACAAGCGGUUCUUCAAUGCAGAUCUGUGCGAAGAGUCUCCAGAUCGAGCAACAAUCGUCGGAAAUUUGGUGGGCGUGGACGUGAAUGCAGUGGCUGCGGUACGUGCUAUCGAGCGAUAUCAGAAGGAACGCCGCCACCGUUUCAUGUACCUUUCCAGCAGCGCAGAGCAUGUUGGAGACACAAGGACGCGUGUGUUGGAGGAGCUGAAGCAGUGGCUAAUGACUUUGUCGAUGGACGCUGCAAUCUCUGCUGGAACAGUGGCAAAUCGUCUUGACUACUGCUCCCAGUUUCUUCUGAGGGCUCCGGCCUUCGAAGCCCAGAAUGAGAUCUCGUUCUUGGCAACUCUUGGGGAGGUUUGUAGGCACCUGGAGCGCCUUUUCCAGCAGACGGUGUCCUUGGAGAGGACCGGCGAGGCCAAGAUUGGGCACCUUCUCAGCCUUGGCAAAGAGUUGGUCGAAGCGACAAAGCCUGUUCUGCGAUUCUCUCUGUUCGCUCCCCAAUCCGCCCUGGACGAGGCCGAUGCCGCACUUCCUGACUUCGAUCUGUCGACGGCAGGAGGACGGCUGGUUGCAGCCCUUUUGCGCGAGGUGCACUUUCGUCGUCUUGGCGAUAGUCCAGGGGAGCUUGAGGGCAGCACAUCUCCCGGUUUCCCCGAAUUGCUGGAGGAGACGAGCCGCAGUUGGCUGGAGGCGCCUUCAGCUGGACAAGAUAGUGGCUUGCUGGUGGCCUUUGCGCAGGAGGCCCACGUAGAGGCCCGGAAGUCUUUCCUAGACUUGUGCAGACACCUGGACAGGUUUUGCUUUUUCCUCAUGGCCUUGCAGCCUUACCAGAAGGUCGCCGCAGCGGGUGGUGAUGCGGCGCUGUGCUGGUUGCGGCGUGGCUUGUGCCAUCUCCUGCAGGAGUUGGGCAAGGCUUUGCUGCAGCUUCGACAGGCACGCCUUGCCGUGUUGCAUGCGUCCAAGAAGCACCUGCAGGAGCUGGCGAAACAGCUGCCGAAGAGCGGCAAGCUGGAGCGGCGAUGGAUGCAGGAUUUGCGGCACAUCGAUGACCAGCGUCUGGAUGAGCUACACAAGAUCUUAUCCAAAGGCUUUGCUGAGGUACAGUCGAUGAUAAGCGCAGCAAGAGAAGUGGAGCUGAAAUCCAUGGCCAAGCAAGGUUUGCAAAACAUUGCCUCGGCAUUCCUAUCUGCAGACUUCCAGGCCCGAUGCUCCUUGGCAUUGCCGGACAGGCUCGCUGCCGAAAUGAGGGAGUUGGCCAGCGGAGUGCCAGUGGGUGCAGUGGGUGUUGCGCAGAUAUCGAGCUGA